AUGGAAAAAUUAGAUUAUGAUGAAUCGGAAGUUGUUUAUGAUUAUCCAAUUAAAAGAAAUGAUUUUAUUCUUGAUAAUCUUCAAUCGGGAAAACCAUAUGAAUUUCAUGUUAAAGCAAUUAAUAAAGCUAGUGAAAGUGAACCAGGUUCAACUGCUGGUCGAUUUAAAAUAACUGAAUAUCCCGUAGCUGACGCAACUGCACGAAUUAAUGGUGAAGCAGUAUUUACAGUUGAAUAUGAUGGUAAUCCAGUACCAGAAGUUAAAUGGUUUCGUAAUGGUUUAGAAUUCUCAUCCGGUGGUCGUUAUCGUAUAAGUACAACCUGA